AAGUAAGACACCCUAGAGAUCCAUCCUGUUUCUGGGACCCUCAGUUUUCUGUACUUUUUUCUGUGUUGCUCUCAACUUCUGCGAAUCUGGACUUUUGAGAGGAGACGUCAGGAAGUUCAGCACUGGAUAGAGUCUCCCUGACACCAGAUAUAUAGAGGUAGAUCCAAGUGAUUGUCUGGGGAAAUGAUGUCAUGGCUGGAAAAAGAACCAGAAAGCUGGGAGUCAGGCGGUAGUGCAGCGCAUUAAGCGCAGGUGCUGCAAAGUGCAAGCUCCAGCAUAAGGAUCCCGGUUCGAGCCUCCGGCUCCCCACCUGCAGGGGUGGUCACUUCACAGGUGCUGAAGCUGGUCUGAAGGAGCUUGUGUAACCUCUGCAUCCCUAUCAGCCUGAGCUUCCAUCCCAUGGCCAUAUCUAGGAACAUUAUAGGCUGCACUCAUUUCAGGACCAGUCUUCCAUGAAUGGUGCAGUGCUGUCAAGCAAAACAACUUUGCCAGUGGAUCUCAGUCAUAGUCUCAAACUGGUACUGUGAUUUCUCUUCAUUUUCUGUCCUGAGAAGGAAUUGAGAGGAGGAGGGAGAAAUGGCCAUUUCUCAGUGCUCAGUGACUUAUGAAGAUGUAACUGUGAUAUUCUCUCAAGAGGAGUGGAUACUAUUAAAUCCUUCAGAAAAGAAACUCUACAGAGAUGUGUUGUGGGAAAACCAUAGGAAUUUUCUCUCAAUAGGAAAAUUACUAGAGGAGCAUUCCACCAAUAAGCAGCAACAUAACCACCAAGGAAGUAAACAAAGUAAUAUCAUCAGUUAUCUUCGGCUACAUGAAAGAAUUCACAUUGGAGAGAAACCCUAUGAAUGUAAACAAUGUAGUAAAGCAUUCGGUUGGGCCAGUAAUCUUAAGGUACAUGAAAGAACUCACAGUGGAGAGAAACCCUAUGAAUGUAAACAAUGUAGUAAAGCAUUCAGUCGGGCCAGUCAUCUUAGGGUACAUGAAAGUACUCACAAUGAAGAGAAACCGUAUGAAUGUAAACAAUGUAGUAAAGCAUUCAGUUUGGCCAGUCAUCUUCAAAGACAUGAAAGAACUCACAGUGGAGAGAAACCCUAUGAAUGUAAACAAUGUAGUAAAGCAUUCAGCCAGGCCAGUAAUCUUAGGGUACAUGAAAGAACUCACAAUGGAGAGAAACCCUAUGAAUGCAAACAAUGUAGUAAAGCAUUCAGUCAGGCCAGUCAUCUUCAGAGACAUGAAGGAACUCACAGUGGAGAGAAACCCUAUGAAUGUAAACAAUGUAGUAAAGCAUUCAGUUUGGCCACUCAACUUAGGAUACAUGAACGAACUCACAGUGGAGAGAAACCCUAUGAAUGUAAACAUUGUAGUAAAGCAUUCAGUCGGGCCAGUCAUCUUCAGAGACAUGAACGAACUCACAGUGGAGAGAAACCCUAUGAAUGUAAACAAUGUAGGAAAACAUUCAGUUGUUCCAGUCAUCUUAGGGUACAUGAAAGAACGCACAGUGGAGAGAAACCCUAUGAAUGUAAGCAAUGUAGUAAAGCAUUCAGCCAGGCCGGUAAUCUUAGGGCACAUGAAAGAACUCACAGUGGAGAGAAACCCUAUGAAUGCAAACAAUGUGCUGAAACAUUCAGCAAGGCUAGUCUUCUUAGGGUACAUGAAAAAACUCACAGUGUAGAGAAACCCUAUGAAUGUAAACAAUAGAAAAGACAGAAUGAAAUCAAUGGAACCAGUACCACCUCACCAUGAUUCACUUCGUUCUGUGUUAUACAAGCUCUUGCACUAAAUAUGGUCCCCAGAUCAAAUUGAUGGGUUUUACAGUUAACAAUAUAUGGUUAUAUAUCAGCAGAGUUCAGAAUUUAAAUCGGAGGGAAACAAGUCUUUAGACUCUGAAGCAGAACUGAAGUGACCUAAAGGGCAUGCAGAUGGUUUGUCCAGGGCAGAAUAGGCCCAGUGAAUUGUAGUCGUGGCUUAUUUCACUGAUGAACCAGAUGGAAGAUGGCUACCAUAUGACCUCACUCAAGUGGAAUCCAUAUAAGUGAGGCUCCAGAACUUGCUGAAAAGAAAGAUUUAAAAAAAAAAACAGAAACAAAGGGACUGUUUCUAGAACAUUAUCAAAAUUGUUAUUAUCUUUGAGAAAUUGGGGACAUAAAUCUUUGAUAUUGGAUGUAAAUGGAACCGUACUCUGUAUUUUACUGUCUGUCAUGCCACUAUUAAUCACAAAUAAAAAUUGCAUAAAAUCA